GGAAGCAAAAUAUGCCAUACCCGUAGCAGCUAAAUUGGAACGCCUCGUGGGAGAUGGGGUGGUUAAAUGCUGUAAGGCGAUGAUUAACGGAUGAAGAUCUCGCAGGGCGGGUGGAAAAUAUAGGCCGUGAUCGGCGAUUGGGUGAGGAAAAUAUAAUGCGAGUAUGCACUGCAGCUUGGCGGUGCGGACUUUUAUAUCUUUGAGCUGGGUGCCGCUUUGGAGUUUUUCAUAGUGACUGACUCAGUUGUUGAAAAACUUCUACGGAAGGAUAAUUGCUAAGAUGGCGGAGAAUGCAUGUGAAGCUAACGAGAAGGGGGUGCCUGCGAUGGAUGCGACGACGACGUCAAACUAUGCGAAUGAUGCGCCAGAUCUUUCUGAUGGAGACGAUGUUGCGCUCGCGAUCGUGGGGUUGCAUGCCCAGCCCAUCGAUCCUUUGGUUGAAGCGCGAGUUGUUCGCAAGAUUGAUCUCUUCUUGAUUCCCGCGAUGAUAGUGGGAUAUGGAAUGGUCUAUUAUGACAAAGCCAUCCUAGGCUCCGCCGUUCUCUUCGGCAUGACCGGCGACCUAUCUCUCGCGGUCGUCAACAAGACAACUACCCCGCCAACAACUGAUACCACCCGCCUCAGCUGGGCAACCUCCAUCUUCUACUUCGGUAUGCUCGCCGGCCUCUACCCCAUGACCUUCGCACUCCAGCGCUUCUCCCUCAGCAAGGUCCUCGGUCCCAUCGUCAUCCUCUGGGCCCUAAUCUGCAUGCUCACCGCAGCGGUGACAUCCUUCAAAGGCCUUUUCGUCCAGCGCUUCUUCCUCGGCUUCGUCGAAUCCGUCAUUCCCACCGCCUUCAUGACCAUCGUCGCCGGGUACUACACGCAGCAAGAGCAGACGCUGCGCCAAUCAUGGUGGUUCUCCAGCACUGGCCUCUUCACCAUCCUCGGCGGCGCAGUCAACUACGGCUUCGGCCAGAUCACAGGCGGCGCGCUGAAGAGAUGGCAGUACAUCUAUCUCCUCGCCGGCUGCCUCACCAUCCUCUUCGGAAUAUGGUGUUUUUUCGUCCCCAGCAGCCCCGCGACGGCCUGGUUCCUCACCCCCGAGGAGAAGGUCGUAGCAACCGAGCGACUGCGACGCGGCCAGACUGGGCUACGCUGCGAGAAGUUCAAAGCGGGACAAAUCCGCGAGGCCCUCCUCGAUCCAAAGACCUACCUCAUCUUCCUCAUGAUGGCCAGCGCAUACACCGUCAACGGCGCCGUCUCCGGCUUCGGGCCCCUGAUCGUCAGCACCUUCGGCUAUUCGACGCUUCAGUCUAUUCUUUUCCAAUUCCCGCUCGGCGCGCUCUGUUUCGUUCUCAUCUUGUUGACGGGAUGGCUCUCAGCGCGCUACCCGAAUAUCCGCAUCAUCCUGCUCGUGCUCUGUUGUUUCCCUGUCAUCGCCGGCUGCGCGAUGAUUUGGAAGUCGGAGUGGUCGCACCACGCGGUGGCGCCGGUGGCGGGGUAUAGCAUCAUCGGGUCGUUUGGGGCGGUGGUGAGUCUCGUGAUUGCGAUAGGGAUGUCGAAUGUUGCGGGGCAUACGAAGAAGAGUUUCAUGGCUGCGACGAUCUUUGUGGCGUAUUGUGUAGGCAAUAUUGUGGGGCCGCUGCUGAUUAAGAGUCAGACGAAGAGUAGGCACUAUCCGAUGUUGUGGUUGGGCCUAAUAAUUUGCUACUGUAUUACGAUUGUGAGUAGUGUGGUGCUGUAUUUUGUGCUGGGGAGGGAGAAUAGGAGGAGGGACGCAAUGGAGCUUGAUGUCGUGGAGGGGGAUAAGUUGGCUUUUAAGGAUUUGACGGAUGUGGAGAAUCCGUACUUUAGGUAUAUGCUGUGAAGACGGCUUAAUAUUGAUACUAUCUAUUUGCCCUAUAAGGGAUAUAACUAUGGACAGUAUGAUGAGGAAAAUAUAAUAUUGGUUAUUAAUGUUGGAGCUAUUAUUAGAGAAAUUAUAUAAAUAAAACUCG